UGAGAUGAGGGGAGUGAACCAACAACUCGUAAACUGGUUCAUUCAAGAAGAGGAGAAACGGAGAAAGAUGGUGGACGCGGCAGUGGUGACAGUGGUCAGACAAUGACGUCCUUCUUCUGUCCCAAGCAGCCCUUGGUGUGUUAUUUUUAACCUUCGAGCAGGCGAAAAUGGAGGAGGCGAACGGAGGAGUUUCGCCGUCAGUGGCACCGCAAAAGCCGGUGGCCCACGUCCGACCCAUGCUGGCCGCCUCGACGCCCAGUCCGACCACGAGUCCGAGUCCGUCGCCGAAGCAACACGUCCUUCAGGUGCAACGACCAGCGCUCGUUCACACCGUGAGGGCCAAAAAGUGUCGCUUCGUGCGCAACGGCGACAGAUUCUUCAGGGGUGUCCACCUGGCCGUCAACCUCGAGCGCUUCCGAAACUUUGACAGUCUGCUCGCGGAGGUCACACGGCUGCUGCAGGGCACUGAAUGCAUGCCCCUGCCCAGUGGCGUGCGAACCCUCUACUCGACCAAGAAUGGAAUCAGGGUCACUAGUGCUGAAGAUUUGAAAGACGGAGAGAUAUACGCUUGUGCCAGUGCUGGCGAACUCUACAAAAAGACACAAUACGGUCAGGUGAUGCGGAAGCCUCGUCACCUGUCGCCUCAUCUGUCAAAGGUGCCGGAGCACUCGCCUUGCUCUUCCGACACAGGGACCUCAGUCCGACCUCGAUUAAUAGUAAUAGUUCGAAGUGGCAACCGACCGCGCCGAGUUGUCCGAGUGCUGAUUAACAAACGAAACUCGCCCUCAUUCGAAGUGGCGUUGAAUCACAUGACUGAGUACGUCAAACUAGACACUGGUGCGGUCAGAAAACUCUUCACUCUUGAAGGAAAACAGGUGCAAAAUUUGGAAGACCUGAUGGCGUGCCAAAGUGGAGUUUUCAUUGCUUAUGGUACAGAAAGGCACAGCAGAGAUGACUUUGAACUUGAUCUCGAAGAAUACAAAAGCCUCCAGAGCUUGACGAAAUCUACUGGCAGGCGAGUCUUCCCUCCUGCGCUGAUGACCAUGUCUGUGAAGCCAAUCAGGAAAUUCUGCGGAUCCGCCGAGCAGCUCAGUCGUAAGUCCAAAGGAUCUUGUUCGCCUCUGCUGAGAACAUCCCUCAUGAAGAAACCUCCGCCACCAAAGCCAAAGAUGCCUCGCAAAACGAAAACGACAGCCAAAAAGCCGCCAGUUGCCUCUCCACCUCCGUCCGAGGAACCCGACAGUCUUCCAGAAACGGUGGCACGUGAGUACGAGGCUGGGCGGAUAAUUGGCGACGGAAAUUUUGCCGUCGUGAAGGAGUGCGUCCUGAGGAAGACAGGCGAAUACUUUGCCCUGAAGAUCAUCGACAAGGACAAGUGCAAAGGCAAGGAGCACAUGAUUGCCAGCGAGGUGGCCAUCCUCAGAAGGGUCAGACACCCAAACAUUGUACAUCUGUACGCCGAAUUUGACUUUCCAAGGCAGCUCUACUUAGUCAUGGAGCUUGUCAAGGGUGGCGACUUGUUUGAUGCCAUUGCUGCUGCCAACAAAUUCAACGAACGAGACGCAGCCACUAUGACGCGCCACUUGUGCUCAGCCUUGAGCUACCUGCACCAGCGACGAAUUGUCCAUCGGGACAUCAAGCCUGAAAACCUGUUGGUGGACGUGGAUGAGAGCGGCUGCCGCAUUUUGAAACUGGGCGAUUUUGGCCUGGCGCAGGAAAUAACUGAACCCCUGUACAUGGUGUGCGGAACACCCACUUACGUAGCUCCCGAAAUCCUGGCCGAGACUGGCUAUGGUUUGAAAGUGGACAUUUGGGCCGCCGGUGUGAUCCUGUACAUCCUACUUUGUGGCUUCCCACCCUUCGUCAGUGCCAGCAACGAUCAGGAGGAACUCUUCGACGUGAUUUUGAGCGGUAUUUUUGAAUUUCCGUCGCCCUAUUGGGACCCGAUCAGCGACUCGGCCAGAGAACUGGUGGCCAGCAUGCUGCAGCCAGACCAGUCGCUCCGAUUUUCUGCAGAAGACGUUCUUGAUCAUCCUUGGCUUUCGGAAUGCUACUCAUCAGACGAUGAAGCAAGUCUUCAGUUAUAUCAUCGUCUCGGUGUGCGUUUUGAACUAAGCCAGGAGACAAGAUCUGACACCCACCUCAGCUCAUGAAAGACAUUCCAAACUACGAUAAUCUAAUCAAGACGAAACUAAUAUAAUACGACAAGCAAUGAUUUUGAUUCAGGAAGUCCCUGGACAAUUCCAGUAUUCCCAAAGACUUUUGAUUAACCUAUACCUGCUAAUCAUUUGAUCUGUAAUAACAUGUGUUACGCAAAUUGCUAAAGAUGAUUAUAAUUUUACUGAAGCUAUUAAAAAGUAAUGAAGAUUAAUAAAUUAUAACGUUUUAGUAAUUUUUAUCUUGAA